UACAAUUCAAUAGCCAUAGAUUCAGACCCAAACCAAAAGGUCAAAAAAAAAAAAUCAAGAAAAUUUACCAGUUUUUCACUUGAUUCUCUCAUCCCUUUCUGGGUUUUGUUCCUCAGACUCUUUUUAGGGUUUGAUGGUUACUAAGUUUGAGAACAGAGACCAAUACAAGGAAACAAAAAUUUGUUGUUUGAUGGAGAAUUAUGAAAGAACUGAGUUUCAUGAUAUAUUGGCUUCAAGAAAAGCUGAAGAUGCAGCUUGGAGACGGUUCCAUGCUGCUGAGUGGCUUGAAAGCUUUGUUGGUCCAUUAGGGUUUUCGAGCCAUCCGUCGGAGAAAGAGUUUGUUUCUCGCUUGAGAAAUGGAUUGAUUCUUUGUAAUGCCAUUAACAAGGUUCACCCUGGAGCAGUGCCCAAGGUUGUGGAGAAUCAAGCGCCUUUGCAAUCGUUAAAUAGAGAAUCUCAUUCUCAGCCAUUACCAGCAGCCUAUCAGUAUUUUGAGAAUGUAAAGAACUUUCUAAUGGCUGUUGAAGAGUUGAAGCUGCCUGCCUUUGAAGCUUCUGAUCUUGAGAGGGAUAUAUUGGAGGCAGGUUCCGUAGCUAAGGUGGUUGACUGCGUAUUGGCACUUAAAUCGUAUCAUGAGUGCAAACAAAUGAAUGGUGGGAAUGGGUUUUAUAGGCCCACCAGAUCUCCAAUAGUUUUCCCCCCCUCCAAUGGGAACAAUUCUCGACCCAUCUCGUCGGAAUCUUGUAGACGCUUGGAUAUGUCCGCAGCAACUGAGAAAAACCCUCCUGCAGAUGUUGACAUUCAGAAACUUGCUGAUGAAGUUGUCAAGCUACUUGCUGGACAUGUGGAUGAUACAAAGGAAAACAUUAAUGGGAACCUUCGAAUGUCUUUCCAUGAUGCUAAUACGGAUCUCGAGAAGUUAUUAACCAAGAUCAUGUCAACUUGUUUGGAGGAUAAACUUCAGAAUCCUUUCUCUGAGAAACAGUUGAAAGUAAUGUUCAAGGAUUUAAUAAAAGAAAGAAGUAUCUCACCUGAUCAUUCGGCAUCAGUGCCUUUUGAUGAUUCAGCUGAACCUGGAGGUUCCAAGUGUGGCCGGGCUUGCUCCAGCAAGGGAAACUGCAAGCACAGGCAUUUAUUUCAACUGCAAGAAAAGGAACUUAUGGAUCUGAAAUCCCUGUUGAUGAAAACAAAAAUUGAGUUUGAAGACUUGCAGUCUCACUUUCAGGCUGAUUUGAAGAAUCUUGGAUUUCAAGUACAGGAGAUGUCUACUGCUGCACUUGGAUAUCACAGGGUAUUGAAAGAAAACAGGAACUUAUACAACAUGGUCCAGGACUUGAAAGGUAAUAUUCGAGUAUACUGCAGAAUUAGGCCAGCCACUGCUGGUGAAAGAAACAGUGUAGUAGAUUUUGUUGGAGAAGACGGUUCUCUAGUGAUCUUGGAUCCAUUGAAGCCCAGAAAAGAGGGCAAGAAAAUGUUCCAAUUUAACCGAGUAUUUGGCCCUAGUUCCACUCAAGAUGAUGUAUACAAGGACACCCAACCCUUGAUUAGGUCUGUCAUGGAUGGCUACAAUGUCUGCAUUUUUGCCUAUGGUCAAACUGGAUCUGGCAAAACAUAUACCAUGAGUGGUCCAUCAGGUGGAUCGACUAAAGAUAUGGGGAUUAAUUUUCUGGCUCUGAAUGACCUCUUUCAGAUGUCCAAGAAAAGAAAGGACAUUAUAAGUUAUGAUAUAAAUGUGCAAAUGGUGGAAAUAUAUAAUGAACAAGUAAGGGACCUUCUUGUAGAGGAUCCGUCAGCUACUAAAUUAGAGAUUCGAAGCUGCAGUGCUGAGAAUGGGUUGAGUCUUCCAGAUGCUAAAAUGUACCCUGUAAACUCCACUUCUGAUGUGCUAAAUCUCAUGAAACUUGGUGAGGUCAAUCGUGUUGUCAGUUCCACUGCACUCAACAACCGAAGCAGCAGAUCCCACAGUAUCUUGACCGUUCAUGUGCAUGGAAAGGACACUUCUGGAAACACCAUUCGUAGUUGCCUGCAUUUGGUAGACCUUGCAGGAAGUGAAAGGGUAGAUAAAUCUGAAGUUACAGGCGAUAGGCUGAAAGAGGCACUGCAUAUUAAUAAGUCUCUUUCUUGUCUUGGAGAUGUGAUUGCAGCUUUGGCCCAAAGGAAUUCUCAUGUUCCGUACAGAAACAGCAAACUUACACUUCUCCUUCAAGACUCCCUAGGUGGACAUGCGAAAACACUGAUGUUUGCUCAUAUGAGUCCCGAAGGAGACUCUUUUGGAGAAACUAUCAGUACUUUGAAGUUUGCUCAGAGGGUAUCCACUGUUGAACUCGGUGCUGCUCGUGCAAAUAAAGAAAGCAGUGAGAUUAUGCAACUCAAGGAACAGGUUGAAACCCUUAAGAAGGCAUUGGCAACAAGCAAAGAAGAGCAGAACACACAGUUCAAUAGAAUGAAGGAACCAAGAUCUCCGUCAAAAGCAAUGAUGGAGCGAACUCCUCCACGCCUGCGGAGACUAAGCAUUGAGAAUGGAAGUGAGAUGAAGUCUAAAACAGUGAAUCCCUUAGAUAGGAAGGGAUUAAAAACACCUUCUGUACCAGCUCGUUCCCGAAGAUUAAGUUUGGAAGGUCCAAAAUACGGCAAGAAAGAUACUUCUAAGAUAGCUACAGAUGAUACAAGUAAGCACCUAUUCUAUGAGCCAGUCAUUACACUGCAGAAAUAUGGUCAAUCUCAAGAUCAGGAAGCAGCAGCGUCAAAGACAUAUGGCUAUUCUAGUAAUGGAAGAUCCACGAUGGAAGUCUAUCGUCUCAAUGCUCCUAGAAGUCCUACUAGCUCUUCUUAUCAAAAGCAAAUGGCUAAAACAGACACUAGUUCGCAAAUUCCACUUCUUAAGCUGCCAGUGACACCUGAACCACAAAUACAAGUGAGAAAUGAGGUUCAAAUAGUGAAGCAAAAUGAUUUUGGUCUUCCUACAGAUUUUCAAGCAACUAAUUUGACCAGUAGUGCCCAUGGAAAAGAGUCUCAAAUAAGAAAAUCAUUGCGAACCAUUGGAAAACUGAUCAAUGGUUCUGAGAAAAGGAACCAGCAGCAUUCAAAGGAAGUAGAACCUAUGAAUUGCGCAAGCAAUAAAAACAGUGAUUCACCUCUUACAGCUAAUGGGAGGACAAUAAGGAGGCAAUCACUAACUGGAGUAUAUGAAUUGGGGUCAGAUAGAUCACGUCGAUCUUCUCUUGGAGGGAAGGCUAUGGAUUCUGAUGAUUCUAGACGAAACGCGAGGACUCCUCCUCCUGUCCAUUAUUCAUCAUCAAAGACAACUAAGCGAUGGCAUUAACUCAAACUAAGAGAAGAAUACUUGGAUGAUGCUUUGACUUGAAGCAUUUUGAUAGACCCUGUUCAAUCAUUCAUCAAGCAACAGAACAAUGAGUUUUGACACUAAUGUUGCUUUGGCCUAAUUUAGGAAUAAAUACGGAGUUUAGCGAUAGAUUUAGCGAGAAUGUCAUUGCAUUUUUGUACAUAGUAGGAGAUAUAACUGAUGUGCUUAGUGCUUUACUUCAAAGCCUAGUUUUUGGCAUAUUGAAAUGAUUUAUUCAAUCACAUCAGAAUAUGAA